GAGUACAGUGUGCGUGCAGCUAGCUCGCGCGCCCCGGACUGACUAGCGGGAGCGAGAGAGAGAGAGAGAGUUAACGCACUGCACCGCCGGGCACAGUGUAUACACCGUGUGCGCGCCGCGCUGCGGAAGGAAGGGGCCCUGGUACACCUCUUAACUCCUGGUGCCAGUAGCAGUGACGAGUGCCGUUUUUCACGCUCUCUCUGUCUCUGUCCUCCCCCCCCCUCCCCGACACCACAGCCACCAUCAACAGUAGUGGACGUUGUAUACGUGUGUAGUACACGAAACAGCGUCGCGCAGUCAGUGUUUUCCUCGCGCCAGCGCGUUUGUUUGUUGUUUUUCGCCGAAAAACUACUCCGUGUCGCUCGUGUUCGAGUUGUCAGUGCGCUGAGGCAACGCGAUCGUCAUCCGCGUUGCAUACAACGUGCCCCGGACCAACAGGAGACCUCGUCGACGAGGAGAAACUAACCUCGAACAAGGUCGUCACAUCCGCAUCCAACGAGACGUCCAACGAGACAGCCGCUACUCCCGUGUCUAACAGCCGAGACUAGGCCGUAUAAGUUACAGUCUCUCAUAGCGGCGGCGGCGGCAUCGCGCGCGCAAGGGUGAAAAGCAGUGCGCCCGAGAUAUAGAGAGGGCAGAGUGGAAGAAAAAAAAAACAAACUAAAAACGCUCGCCGCGAGGUGGCCUGUAUGGGCGCUGCGCUCGCCGGAAAGAGAGAAAAACGCGCCUGCACACGCACAACGUAUACGCACAGUGUGCUGCUGCACGGAUAGCGAGUCUCUCUCGCUCACUUUGUCUGCCUGCCGAGCGAGAAAUUUCGCAUCGCGCGCGCGCGGCGGCGGCGGCGGCCUAGUAGAGAGAGAGCGUGCGAGGAAAAGGGUUAAAAAGCGCGCGUGUGUGACAGGUGCGAGAGGAUCGAUCUCUCAUCGAGUCUCGCCGAAGACGGAGAGCCAAGCAUAUACAGUGUGCUCAGGUAGGGGCUAUACAGCGAGCAGCGCGAGAGAGUUCACAGCUUUUUCUCUCUCUCCCCCCACCACCGAGGGCAGCUGCCGAGAGACAGAGAGAGAGAGAGAGAGAGAACGAGUCUGGCAAGCUUCGGCGUGUCUCCGCGGAGCUAUCGGUGCCCAUUGCACGCAGCUACGGAGCACCGAGUGCGGCGCUGCGAUCGCCUGGCUGGCUGGCUGCCUGCGAAGGAAACGCGCCAAGCUACUCUCUGCGUCCGUGUGUGACGAUGGCUCAGCCAGCAGCAGUAUAGCAGCGUGCUAGUGUGAGUGAAAGAGAGAGAGAGAGAGCGCGCGCGCUAUAUCGCUCUCCGACGACGUCGUUUUUCUGGUGAUGCGCCGGCGAGCUGCGGACCCCGAACUUCCCUCCGUCGUCAUAGCUCCAGCUUCGCGUCGCGCGUGUUCCAAGUGUGCAUAACAAACGUGCGCGCGUGUGUGUGUGUGCAAAGUCCCAAGUGCAGUGAAGAGAGAGAGAGAGAGAGCAGCAGCAGCAGCGAGAGAGGACACAAGGCGCCAUCGAUGUCGGCCGAGUCCGGCGCUGUCGCGCGGUCGCCGCAGCCCCCGCUGCGUCUCCGUCGAUGCUGCUGGAGCAUCCAGCACCUGGUCUGCCUCGAAGCCGUACUAAGCAGCAGCAGCAGCGACCUGUAGACGGCGGCGCAUAGCCAGUGCCAGCCGCAAGCAGAGCAGCAGCCGAGGCUGCGCAACGCCGCCGCAGCAGCAGCGCCAGCGCCAGCAGCCCCCUGCACCCGAGAAAGAACAUGGCCCUGCAGCAGAGCCCCGCUAAUCAGCAGCAGGCCGCCAAGGACCCCGUCAGCUACGAGCGGCUGCGCGAGGCCUUUAUUAGGGACCUGCAUCACUUCCACGACACAAGAGGGACACCGUUCAAAAAAUGUCCAAGGAUAGACGGAAAGGAGGUGGAUCUCUACAAGCUCUACACAGUUGUUACAGCUCGAGGUGGAUGGAUACAGGUGAACAACAAGAAUGAGUGGGUGUGGCUCUGCGAGGAGUUCCAUCUGCCCAGCGGCUGCGUCAAUAGCGGCGUCGGCCUCAAACAAAUUUAUCUUCGAUACCUGGACAGAUACGAGAAGGUACACUUCCUGGGCGAAGACGGUCACCAAGGCGACGACGAUGACGAGGACUCGAGGCAUAGAAAGUGGAAUGCCAGGUCCCUUCAUUCCGUACCGCUGACCUACAAUCAUCAUCAGCACAACGUUGCAGAAUCGCUGCGAGAGUACAACGGACUGUCGUCGGAUCUCUACAAGCCGUCCAACUACGACAAGCUCGCGCUCUCGUUGCUUUCGCCUCUGCCGAACGAGCAGGACUUCGCCAUCAACGUCUGCACUUUCCUGUCGAACGAGGGAAAGCACGCAUUGAGGCUAGACAAGUAUCCGCGACUCAUCAACCACCUGCUCGCUCACGCGGGCAUUUUCGACUCACCCGGUACGAGGCAGCUCUUCAUUGAGGUCUACUCCCGGGUACGCAACUACUCCAUCAACUCGUUCUGGCCGGAUGUGCUCGACGCCCAGGAUGUCCUGGAUCUCACCGACGAGAGGAUCUUUAUCAAGAAGCCCAUCACCGCCAACAGCCAGAGGUUUAUCAGGAGGAGGCAGGAGAAGGAGAGACAGAGGAAUCAACAGAGUGACGUUGUCACGUUGGACGAUGCACCCUGUCCCAUGGAUAUCGAUAAUGGCCCGCUCGAGUGCGACAGGCUAGAAAACGGUAUCGAGAUCCUGGAGGAACGACUCAACCCGCACCUCAUCGACGAGAACUCGACCUCGUCCAACACCUCUUCCAUGUUCAAGGAUCAGAAUCAAAACUCGAUAAAGUUCGAGGACGACGAUAAGGACCUGUUCUGCGUGGGCAGGACCCUUGGCACCCAGGACCCCUACGGCCAGCGCGUCCUCCAGAUCGCCUCGAUCCUACGCAACCUCAGCUUCACGCCCGAGAACGCUGCGGUGCUGGGCAGGUCGCGCUCCUUCCUCAGAUUCGUUCUGCUCUGCGUGCGUGCUAGGUGGUGUAAUCUUCACCAGCUCGGAUUCGACAUCCUUGGCAACAUUGCCAAUGAAAUAAUCCUCAAGGAUGCCGGUGAGAGGCUGACCAGCGUUAUACUAUCGAGCGUCGCGAAAGGCAUCGACUCGCCCGACAGAUUCAUCGUAAUCAGCUGCCUGGAGAUACUCAACAAAGUCAGCCAGCAGGAUCUCAACGAAGAGACGCUAACCUUCGGUUUAGAUGACAGCGUCUACGAACUCAUUUGCAGAUUCUUAGCUCUGAGUGACAUAGCAUUGCUUGUCUACACCCUCGAGUGUCUCUACGCGCUAACGUCUCUGGGAGAGCGCCCCUGUACGAGUGUAGCGCGAGUGCGCGGCGCCAUCGAUACCCUUGUGGCUCUCGUGACCGUCGAAGCCCAGAGCUACGGUCCAAAGGCCUGCAUACUUAUGCGCGUCGUUGAAACCGUCUCCUCAGUACCUGCCAGCCAGCAGCAGCAGCAGCAGCAGCAGCAGAGUCCACAAGUGGCUCAGCAAUCGUCGCCGUCCCAACAGCAGCAAUCGCAAACCAUAAGCGCAGCCGCUGCAGCAGCUGCUUCGAGUUCGGUGCACCAUCACGUGAGCACCGCCCCAUCGCAAGGCGCACCCAUGGCCACGAGUGUUAGUGAACCCACUGGUCCCGAUGGACAGGUUGGUAGUACUGGCAGUCCCAGUGGUAGUGGCCAAGUGACGGAAGUUGUGGCGGUAAGAUUGGCGCCGCACCAGAUGCAACAGGUCAAGCAGCAACAAACAGUGCAGACUGUACAAGCAGCCCAGGUGGCUCAGGUGCAGGCACAGUCGCACACGCAACAAGCACAAGCACAGUCGGCCCAACCGAUACAGGCGACGCCGACGAAAGCGAAUGCCGCCGGUGGAUCGUCCAGACCAAGUACUCCCAAAGCUGCUGCAGCAAAAGCAGCUGCAAAUUCGUUGCAACAGCAACACACUCAUCAGCAGAUUAUCCAGGAAAACGAGCAGUUCGCUCUUGGUUGGCUAAAGGCCACCUUUGAACUCUCUCCUGGCGUGAAAAUAGAGCAAGAAGAGUUGUACAAAAAAUACCUUGGUUGUUGCACAAAGAUUGGAAGAAGAGGUGUAAUUGCUCCCCUACAUUUUCCACGAUGUGUCAGGUCCGUUUUUGGAGGAACGAUCGGACCAAAUCCUAUCAAAGGCGAAAACACUGGCACAUUGUACUACGAAGGCAUUCGAGUACGUGCAAAUCCCGGUCAAGUGACAUAUCCACUUAAAGGUGUGACCCGUCCCAACGUAACAGGGGCCCAAGCAGCUGAGAACGCGUCCGGCAACGUCGUUACUAUCGUAGGCGGCACUAGCAACGUCAAUUCAGCAAAGGUGCAGCAACAGCGUAACGAUAGCACGCCGAUACAAGUCACGCCGUCCUCCCCAAUCCUUAAAGCUCAACUAUCCGCUCCACCGAAACCUUCAGUACAUCCUGAUAGUCCAUUAUCUAUAGCCCCAAGCUCCGCCGCAACUGGCAAUAUUUUCCCAAUCGAGCCCAGAAGUCAGGUCUCUGUUGCACAUCCUCAUCUCAGCCAGGCACUUUUGGCAAGUGGAGCUCAGCAACAGGCAGGCCAGCAGCAACAAGCUCAGCAAGUGCAGGUGAUCGUAAAGGAUGACGGCCGGGGAGGCACCACUUCAAGUUCCAUCAUCAAAAGCCUACUGGCUACCAAGGUAACGGUCGCUGGCGAGUGCAUGCAAGCCGUCGCCGUCGCGACUUCUUCCUCUUGUGUGUCCGCUGUGCCGGCAAUAACAAACGCCACAGGCGUAGUAUCCAGCAUCAGUGCCAACCAGCUAAUAACAAGCAACCAGGUUGCUCAACGUCAACAACAGCAACAGCAGCAGCGUCAACAGCAAAUGCAACAGACACCAGGUGCGACUAUUGGAACGAAAACAAUUAUCAAUGCCAAAGGCAAACCUACCAUCGUCGCUGUCAAGAAAGUACAGAGGCUCAAUGGCGCCAAAGUGAUCGUUGCCAACAAUGGCGAAAAGCCUGAAGCAAUGGACACAGAUAAUGGUCUACACGCGACAUCAAAUCAGCAAACACAGUUGGCAAUAGCAAGUAUUGUUCCACCCACCAGCAUAGACUCAUCGAACCACGUAACCGGAGUUAUGCGCGUAUAUCGAGGUCCGGCCACUCAACAAGUAACGUUGACCACUGCUAGUUCCACAACAGGAUCUGGCAAACAAUCGAACCAACAAUUGCGAAACGUGUGCACACCGAUAGUCGAAGACUCGGAUUCAACUAACAAUUCGUUGGCUUCAUCGAGCGGAAUUGGUGGCAGUCGCGAUUGUUCUGGUGUGGGAGCCGAAGAAGAAAACUCCCUUACCAGUUUCGAAGGUAUUCUGCUCAAUGGUGCGCCAAGUAACCUCGAUAUCGAUGCUCAAGACGACGGUUCAUCAAAGGACUCGUCAAGCGUUGGCUCAAAGGAGAAACCCUCGCAAAGUAUGAUGCUGGCUGAUCUGCUUGAGCGAAAGGUUGAGAAGGAACCGAUCAUGAAUGGUGUUUUAGGGAAAAAGGAUCUCGUCGAGAAUCAUAUUAAGAAGGUAAGGGUACUAAAAGAAUCUCCGGGAGAUGUGAAGAUCAAAGCUGAGGUGUCUGAAGACGCAUUGAUUGAGGCACCAGCUCGCUUAGGUAUUAAACGAAGUGGAAGUACACUAACUAACGAAGCUGAUGAAUCAUGUGAUGCCAAGAAACCCAAGUAUUCGAAUGGUACAACAUCGCCCGAUCCCGCCGUAGUUGACUCGACUACGCUAUCAAGCAUCAAAUCUGAAGAACAAGAUGAUGAAAAAGAAGAGAAGGUUACAGUUUCAUCAACCGCAGCAAAUUUAUAUGCAGCGCUUGCUGCAGAUAUUAUUGACGACGAAACGGAUUUGGAAGAACCCUCAGUGAAAGAGGAAAUAAAACCUGUGGUCAAAGAAGAAAUAAAAGCGGAACCAUCGACACCUGUUGCAGUAAAACAAGUUGCUGUAAGUCAAGAACAACUACAGCCCGUUCAGCAGCAAGUUCAAGUACAGACCCAAGUACAGCCAGUCCAGGUUCAAACGGUAGCUCAAGCCCAACCGCAGCAGCACCACCCAACACAUCAAACUAUUGCAAUCACGCAACAGCAGCUUCAGCAACAACUACAACAGGGUCUGAUAGUUGCUGCAGCACCGCGUCAAAUUGUAGUACAGCAGACCAUCCAAUCUAAUAAUCAAAUCGUUACGAUUCCGGCAAUGAAAAGCCGGCCACAACACCAGAUUCAACCUCAAGUUCUACAGGUGCAACAAGGUCCUGGCGGCCAAACACAUUACGUGAUCUCGGGUGGUGUACCGGGACAAAAUUAUGUGCUGGCGCAGCCGCAGACAGCGCUUGUCCAGGGUCAGGCGCAGACGGUGCUCGUAGCACAGCAGCAAGGCACAAAUGCCAAGACGAUAAUUAUUUUGCAACCACAAGCAGCUGCGCAACCGCAAGCUCAAAAAAUGGUUGCUGUUACACCACAAGGCCAACAAGUCGUUGUAACACAAGUACCAAGACCACUUAUGCAAAGCCCAGCAAUGGGCAACAUCCCACCACCUCUAGUACCUACGUCUGGAGCCAUCAGUCAAGCUUCCAUUGUAAUGAACAGCGCCGUUGCACAACAGAUACAGCAGCAACAAGAUCAAGUUGUAUCACAGCAGCAAACGAUAACACAACAAAGAAUCACUCAAGUUCAAGCGCAAACACAACCCGCUGCAAACACGGUAACGGUAGUGCAAACUCAGCAAGCAGCUGCAGUGGCCACAACUGCUGGAAAUUCUGUGCCCUCUCGUGUGGUUACACCUACUCCAGCAUCAACGCCACCACCUACCAGACCCACAACUCCUCGUCAAGCUGCAGCAACAAAUCUGGCGCCAAUGACUGCACCGACAAAACCUCAGCCACAGCUUAUAGCCCCUUCGCCUCGUACGUCGACUGAGACAAAGGAAGUCGUAAUGGUAACCGCUGCAACUUCAACAGAACCAGAGAACACGGAAAGUACUGAGGGUAAUAAUACAAAGAAAUCACUGACAAGUCAAGAAACAUCGACAUCUAGACCGCAGUCACCAGCAACUCCUAUGAAAACUAUUACAGUCACUUUAGAACGCAAUGCAUUUCUCUGCGAAUGGAGAGGCUGUUUCAAGCAAUUUAAAAAUCCACGAAAAGUUUAUUUGCACGUUGUUGAAGCACACUGUCCAACUGGAAAUGAAGAAACUCUUUGCCAGUGGGCUAGUUGCGACGGUUUAAAAAGACGAAGAUUUUCGUUGAUGACUCACUUAUUCGACAGACACUGUUGUGAUGAGAUAAUGUUGAUGAGAAGGAAACAGUUUGAUCAGUCGGGUAAAACGGAAUAUCUGACUAGCAAGCCAGUUGCCUCCCCAACACAUCACCCCGGCUAUGCUCCAAACGCCGCUUUACAUGCUAUUAAGAGGCACGCUUUAGAAUUUGUCAAUCCUAAAGAAUUAAUGCAAAGGCCAUCGAAGCCCGCUGCGGCCAACGCUAGCUCCUCUUCCCCCAGACCCGGGCAAAAUCCUCCGCCGGAACAGGAUGAUAAUGAAGGACCUGUAACAAAAAGUAUUCGCUUGACGGCAGCUCUUAUUCUCAGAAACCUAGUCAUAUAUUCCGCGCAUGGCAGAAGACAUCUUCGAGCGUAUGAGCCGCAUUUGGCAGGUGUAGCGUUAAGCAACGUCGAAUCAUCGCGGACGAUCGCACAAGUCCUGUACGACAUGAAUGACCAGAGUAGCAGCGGUCACAGGUGACCUAUUGAAAAUAGCCUUCAAGGGAGAUCUAACUUCAAUACUUAACUCGAGCAGCGAUCAACUCGAUGGGUUCCGUCGUGGACAUUGGCGAGCCAAAUAUUGCUCUAGAUUAUCGUGUACCGCACGGAAUCUUGGUGACACGAGGAUUUUAACUGAAAGAUAUUGAGAACAGCAAUGAAACGUUAAUACACAACAAUGUUCCACGAUUUGUUAAGAAAAUAAAGAUAUGAAAGGAAAACAAUAAAAAAAGUUUUUAAUGAAACAGAAAAAUGCGCAGUAAAAUGAGGCCUAUAAACUUACUAGGCAAGCCAAUUUGCCAAUAAUCUAGCACAUAUGGAUUGUAUAAACUAAAUAGUGGAAUGCUUGACAAGCAGAAAACGACGUUUGUGAAUGACGCCGAAAUCGUAAAACCAGAAAUUAAAGACAAAGUGAAGAACUCUAAAUGGCGAUUAAUUAUAAAUGGACACAGUGAUAAAAAAGAAAGAAACGAGAUAAUAUUUCAGAUUUAAUAUUAAUAUUUAUUUUCUCAAUGAAGGUGACAAAAAUGUUUUUAGUGUGUACAAAAAAGACAAAGACGUGAAGAAAACGAACGCAGUGGUAAAACAGAAUACUUUACGAACGUUAUAGUUUAAUUAUAAUUAAUUAAUGUUAUUGUGUAUGAACUAUGUUCUUCUCUGUAUUUUUUUGUUCUUUUCUUUUUUCACAAGCUACAGAAAAAAGAUCGGAGUGAAAAACCUUUUUAUUGAUUGUAUUUUUAGACAGUGUAUAGUUUUUCGCUUAUUGAAUUACAACAAGCAAUGACAUGGCUA